CUUGAUCCAGACGUUUCUGCUGAAAAUGUGUUUCUUGUGCUUCCUUUGUUUCUGCUGCGGGAUUGUAAAUAAGAGCUUGAGCCAAAAUGGCGGCCGCAGCCGUUGAGCUAGGAGCUACUGCGCCGCGUUUAUCCACACGCUUUUAUAAUUCAGCGCUCUUUUAUGCCUUUAUCUCCCUCUUGGAUGAUUUGUAUGCAGUCGUAGCAUUUAAGAUGAGAUCCCUGGCUACCUCGGAGGUUGCUGGAGCCCUACUGAGGGAGGUCUGGAUCAGUCCCCAUCUGCGCGGGCCCUGAGAGGGCGACCCGUCAGACGGGCAUCGGGCGAGCACCUUACAUGCCAGCAUUUUUUCUUUUAGGUUGAAUCCCCUCUCCCCGAUACUCUUUCAUUCAUCAGGAAGAGUAGAGGAUAUUUUGACCCUAGUGCGGCAGCCGGGCUGCUCCUCCACACACAGAUGAAUGAAGACCCCAUUCGGGAAGAACGCGGCCCAGAGAUCCAGAGCUGAUGCAGGGCAUGCUGGUGUCUCUGCAAAUAUGAUGAAGAAAAAGAACUCUCAUAAGAAACACAAAAGCAGCGUAGGCCCCACCAAAGCAGUGGCUCAGCCGCGGAGGAACAUCGUGGGCUGUCGCAUCCAGCACAUCUGGAAGGAGGGCAGCGGCGCGGCGUCGCAGUGGAAAGGCACCGUUCUAGACCAGGUGCCCGUCAACCCCUCGCUCUACCUGAUCAAAUACGACGGCUUCGACUGCGUCUACGGCCUGGAGCUGCAUAAAGACGAGCGCGUGCAGGGACUCGAGGUCCUGCCAGACAGACUCGCCUCGACGCGCAUCAGCGACGCUCACCUGGCCGACACCAUGAUCGGCAAAGCCGUGGAGCACAUGUUCGAGACGGAGGACGGCACUAAGAACGAGUGGAGGGGAAUGGUUCUGGCCCGGGCGCCCAUCAUGAACACGUGGUUCUACAUCACGUACGAGAAAGACCCGGUGCUCUACAUGUAUCAGCUGCUCGACGACUACAAAGACGGAGAUCUGAGGAUCAUGCCGGACUCCAACGACUCGCCCCCAGCGGAGCGUGAGCCCGGAGAGGUGGUGGACAGCCUCGUGGGGAAGCAGGUGGAAUACGCCAAAGAGGACGGCUCUAAACGAACUGGAAUGGUUAUCCAUCAGGUGGAGGCCAAGCCCUCCGUCUACUUCAUCAAGUUUGAUGACGACUUUCACAUUUACGUCUAUGACCUGGUGAAAACAUCGUAAGGCGGCGAUGGGACGCGGAGAGGGGGAGGAGUUUCACCUAACCAUGUGAUCCACACAAACGUUGUUUGCCAAAAGUUCUCUCGGAACGUUUCUCGUAACAUCUUUUGGAAACGGAACGCUGGAUAUUUCGGUGGAUUACCGCUAGUCAAGUGUCUCUCAUCGCUGUAGGAUGGACGGACAUCACAUCCCCCGACAUACACGUAGCUUCAUAUUUCAAGAGGUUCGUCUCGAGCAUUUCCCAUUCCUGUUGGUUGUUACGAAGACGUUCGUCGGGAAAAUCCCGUCUGGCCGUUCUGGGAUGUUAAAGUGUUCAUCUGUUGGACUGUUACAGCUCCGUCUCGGGUUAAAAAUUCAAGCUGGCGCCGUUCGCCGAUCCUGGAAAUGAAACGCGUGAGGCGUUUAUUCUUUCAGACGUGAGAAACACGGCGGUCCUUGAAGAAUGGGGAGCGUUCGGGACAUCCUAAACCUCGUUAAAGUGCCAGAAGGUGGAGGGCAGGAGAAGAUGUCUGUAAAUAAGACAUCUUUCUGUCCUUGACGUCUUUGAGUUGGUUGCCAGGUGUUUCAUGUUUUAUCCCUCCGUCUUCUGGUUCUCACCAGAAUUGCACACAAGAGCUCCGCUGUCAGUGAAACGCAGGCUUUUGUGGCGUGAAACCCUACCGAUUUGUUUUCAUGUAUUUUGUUUUCUUCUUUUUUUUUUAUUAUAUGUAUGUAUCAUUACCACGAGUAAACUCUAAUGCAGCUUUCAUUAUUUUAAGCACUAAGUUGUUUUACUCCCCUGUUUGUUUUCAAUGAAUGAAAAAUGUUUUUGCAUUUCAUAUUUGGAGCGUUGAUUUAACAUUGAUCUAACGUUGAUAUAACGUUUAUUUCACUUAAUUUACUUAAUGGGCUUCUUAAAAUGUAUAAAAUGCCCACUAAUUGUAUCAUAUUGCAUAGUGUGGACAUUUUCUCUUGGUGUAAAUUAAUGGGUUUUGUCUUAGCACAUGAUUUUGGCUCUUUAGCACUAAAAAUCAUACGGUUACCCAGUGCCCUGAAGUAUUUAGAGAUGUUACACAAUACUAAUCGCACAAAGUGUUUAAUCCCGUACCGGUUAGAAAACGCUGACGCAAUAACGGAGAAAGUAUUCAGGAAUUUCUUUGCAGUACCCUGUGACUUUUGCGUUGUUUUUCUUUCAUCAGCCUUGGGGAGAUUUCUCUGUCGCUUUGCCUCUCUCCUAAACAUCUGUGCCUCGAUAUUGACUUUCAUUUGUUUUAUUUUCUUUCUUUUUUUUUACGUGUGUUUUGUCUGAAGGUUUGUGUGUUCCCAUUAGACUUGUACGAAAUGACCCGAAGGCCCCCUCCGAGGAAUGUUACGUUGUUUGAAGAAGUCCUCACAGAUGCAUGUGUUUUGCAUUAUUUUGUGCUGCUUUCGGUCACAGCGUUCCUGUUUUCACACUUACAUGAAGCGUGUCUCUCGUUCUCAAGCCGCUGUCGAAUGCAUUCGAUGCACAACACUAGAAGGGUGACGCGAAGAAGUGCACAGGUCAGAUUUCACUCCAAAAUCAAAUGAAAAAGUAUUUCUUUCCAAGACAUUUAAGCACAUUUUUCUUCAAAUUGUCAUUGCCUAAUGCAAAAAUACAUUAGUGCAAAGCAACAUGUAAUACAUGUACACACACUUUUAUUAAUCACCAAAAAUCUAAAUCUUUCUCUAAUGAAUUAAUGCAUUAUUUUACUUAUAUUUUUUGACAUUACAGUAAUGACAGUAGGGAGUUUAAACAUGUUAAUUGGCUAAUAAAUGGCAGUAAAAGUGUGUAAUAUUAUGUGUUAACUGUCAUGAAUAAAAAACUAUAUAUUUAUAUAUUAGUGCUGUCAAACGAUUAAUCGGAUCCAACAUAAAAGGUUUUGUUUACAUAAUAUAUUUAUGUGUAUC